AUUGCAUGCUCUCAUCUCCAUUCAACAAUCAUCUUUUCCUAAAUCUCCAUUCUCCUAUUAAUUUUGCGGCCAAAGGCCAUGCCGUGUCCACUUUUCCAAUAUUCCAUUCAUAUGAUUGAAAAUUAAAACACACACACACACACAUAAAUUUUUAACAAAAUAUCAGUUAUUCUCAAUUAGAUCUCACACUGUGAAGCAACAAUUUUUUAGUUCUAGAAAGCUCCUUCUACUAUUGGCUCACAAAGCUCAAGAUCCAAUGGCGGUUGCCGUGAGAGGUGGCAGAGGUGGAUCUGGCCUCCGUAGCUUCUUCUCGUUCCGGAUCUUCAUCUCUGCAAUGUUUUCUCUCCUUUUCAUUGCUACACUUUCAGUCCUCUUCACCACAAAUCCCUCCACACAAAACGAUGACUCUGAUCUUCCCACAACUGGUAAUGCAUACGUGCAUCGAACAUUUUUGGCAUUGAAAUCUGACCCUCUGAGGACAAGAGUGGAUUUGAUACACCAGCAAGCUAAAGAUCACAUCACACUAGUGAAUGCAUAUGCUGCUUAUGCUAGGAAGCUUAAGCUUGACAUUUCUAGGCAAUUGAAGAUGUUUGAUGAAUUGGCAAGCAAUUUUUCUGAUAUUUCUGUUAGGCCAACCUAUCGAUCAUCUCUGUUUGAGUCAGAUGGUCCAAUUGAUGAGGAUGUGUUGAGGCAGUUUGAGAAGGAGGUUAAGGAUAGAGUGAAGAUUGCUAGGAUGAUGAUUGUUGAGGCAAAAGAGAAUUAUGAUAACCAGUUAAAAAUUCAGAAGUUGAAGGAUACAAUAUUUGCAGUUAAUGAAUCACUUAUGAAGGCAAAGAAGAAUGGGGCAUUGGCAAGCUUGAUUUCAGCCAAAUCGGUUCCCAAGAGCUUGCAUUGUUUGGCAAUGAGGCUAAUGGGUGAGAAAAUUUCAAAUCCGGAGAAAUAUAGAGAUGAGAGACCUAAGCCUGAGUUUGAAGAUCCCAAUUUGUAUCAUUAUGCAAUAUUCUCGGACAAUGUGAUAGCUGUGUCUGUGGUGGUGAGAUCUGUGGUGAAGAAUGCAAUAGAGCCAUGGAAGCAUGUUUUCCAUGUAGUUACGAACCGGAUGAAUGUUGCAGCAAUGAAGGUUUGGUUUAAGAUGAGGCCAGUUGAAGGGGGUGCAUUUUUAGAGAUAAAGUCAGUGGAAGAAUUCACAUUCUUAAAUUCAUCGUAUGUCCCAGUUUUGAGGCAACUUGAGUCAGCAAAAAUGCAGCAGCGUUACUUUGAGAAUCAAGCUGAACAUGCCUCAAAUGAGGGACAUAACAUGAAAUUUAGCAAUGUUAAGUACCUGUCGAUGUUAUAUAACCUUCGGUUUUAUUUGCCAGAGAUGUACCCUAAUUUGAAUAAAAUCUUAUUGUUGGAUGAUGAUGUUGUGGUUCAAAAAGACCUAACAGGUUUGUGGAAGAUUGAUUUGGAUGGGAAGGUAAACGGUGCUGUUGAGAUCUGUUUUGGCUCUUUCCACCGAUAUGCCCAAUACUUGAAUUUCUCUCAUCCUUUAAUUAAGGAGAGCUUCAAUCCAAAAACUUGUGCUUGGGCCUAUGGUAUGAAUAUAUUUAAUCUUGAUGCCUGGAGGCGCGAAAAAUGCACAGAACAUUACCAUUACUGGCAGAACAUGAAUGAAGACCAAACUUUGUGGAAAUUUGGGACGCUCGCUCCUGGUUUGAUCACCUUCUACUCCACAACCAAGUCAUUGGACAAAUCCUGGCAUGUGCUUGGGCUAGGUUACAAUCCCAGUGUUAGCAUGGAUGAGAUCAACAAUGCUGCAGUCAUUCGUUACAAUGGAGACAUGAAACCUUGGCUUGAUAUUGCUUUGAAUCAGUACAAAAAUCUCUGGACCAAAUAUGUGGACAAUGAUAUGGAGUUUGUGCAGAUGUGCAAUUUUGGCCUAUAGUUGAGAUCAACCUGCUGCUUUAUAAUCAUAAGCUUGAGAUGACAUGUCCAUUGUGGUUUACCAUAUUCUAUCAGAAUUGAGAAUCUCAAGUUAAAUGUAGCCUGUCACGAAGAAGUUCUGUGUUGUCAUCAUGUUUCUUCUACAACGGGAAUGCCAUCUGAGAAUUGCAUUGUUGAUAAUUUUCGGAUGUUAGCAAUAAUUUUGACAAACUGAAUUUGGGCAUGUACACGAACGAAGUAGUUUUUGUUUUUUCUCCUUCUCUAGUUGGAGCAUAUUUAUCAUUUAUUCAUUUGCUGAUGGUAGUUUCAUGGUUCUAAUCAACAAUGGCACUACUGUUUAUUUAUCUAAUGCACGUACUACAUGCUAUUUUUUUGUAUGUUUCUGGACAUGCCUCUUUGCAUUUCCAUUAUUGAUAAUGCUACAUAUAAUAGGGAAAGGCCA